ACCUCUCGUUCAUGCUCUCUACUCACUCCUCCUCCUCUUCAUCAUCUUCAUCACUUGCACAACACCACCCCCCCUCCAUUGCCAUGAUCAGGUCACGGCUCGCAUCCGCGAGGCCCACGCGGCGAUCCCUCACCACUGCCACACCAUGCCACUCCACACCCUCCCACUCGCGCUCCUUCUCCGUCCGUCUCUUUCCCCCCGGCCCCCCCGCCGACCCACGCGGCGGGCGGCGCGCAUCCACCUCGGCCGCCAACACCGACUGGCUUACAUGGCUCAAGCGCGCCACCCCCAUCGACUCGCCUCCCACACGCAAAGCUCUGAUUUUCGCUGGUCUCGGCUCGUAUCCGCACACACCGCAGAGCCCCACGACCGCCUCCCUCGCAGUCUGGGAAAAGGCGAGCGAAGCACUACUGUCCCCCGACGCAACGAUGGGUUACUUUCCCGAUAACAUGGACGAGUUUGGUGGCCUGCUCCAGGGCGGCGGCGGGUACGGCAUCCGCGGCUGGCUACGCGGCUGGGUCGAGGGCCGCAAUCUCGACGAACUCAUGGCCCGCGCCGACGUCACUGCUAGCUUCAUCCUCACUUCCACCAUCGCCAUUCUCGCAUCAGAACAGGAGCGCACGGGCUCGCCCUCCCUCCUCCCAGAGGGCACACAAUUUCUCGCUGGCCAUGGCUUCAUUGGGACCCUAACGGCGCUGGUUGCGGCUGGUCGUAUGGACCUGCAGGAUGGUGUCCGCCUCGCACGGCUGUACGCGUCGCUGCCUCCCGCGCCACCCGGCACUGGUGGCUCGUCAAGCCGAUUUGUAACUACCGCUUUGUCCGCGCGCAGCUACCACUCGCUAUCGUCUCCGUCUAUGUUUGUGCCGUUUGACGACCCGCUCGCCGAGACACCCGACGAGCCCGAGCGACGCCGGCGGGCAAUGCAGCUCAUCCUCGACGAGGUGCACGGACUCCAGCACGAGUGGGAGUACGAGGGGAACCGCGACUGGGCCGAGGCGAGCAUCAUCAACUCGUCCAAGGUUCUCAUGGUCACUGGCACAUACAUGGCCGUUGAGCAGCUCAUCGACCGCCUGCAAGCCAUGACCAUCGCCAACCCGGUCAUGGACGUCAAGCUCCCCUGCCCGUUCCACACUAAGCUCAUGUCCCACGCCGUCCCAAAGUUUGCCGAGGUGCUCAACCGCGCCUACUUCUCGCCCGCCAAGGAAGGCGGCCCGAUCAUUCUGGACCCCAUCACCACGCGUCCGCUCUGCGGGCCUCCCGGUGCUGCCCUCCUCGCCCAGCUCACGCAGCAGCUGCGCUGGCACAAAACUCUCACUCGGCUGCACAGCCAGCCGUCUCCCCCCAUUGACCAGUACCUGACCGUCGGGCGCGGCGCCAAGGGCUUGGGCAUCAUGCUCCGCGGCGAGCUCAAGAAGAGACCCGAGGGCGCGCCUCCCGUCACGGUCGAUGCGUUCGGGUACAAGGACGCGCCGCACGAUCCUCUGCACUACCGCUCGCGCCCGACGCGCCCCGUCAUCCACGCCCACAUGUAACUCCACAAGGGCACACGCCACUGCUACUCUUACCCUCAUUGCGCUUCGGAGAUCCGUGAACACUCAGAAGACGAGCCGAAGCGACCAAAAUUGUCCAUUAUAGCCUGUGACAUUCUAAGCGUAUGCAUUGUUGUAUAGUAGUGA